GACUGUGAUCAAGAUGUUAAAUGUUACUGCGGGGCCGCUCCAUUUUCUCACCUACAGUCAUUCUGAUAAUCUCCUGCAGCCCCUCUGGGACCAUCUGCUUUUGCACUACCGGCCUUACAUCUCAUCUCCUUUAUUCCUGGUUCUGCUUGCCUUUUCCAGCUAUGUCUUCUUCAGUGUGCCUUUUGCAGUCAUGGACCUGCUGGGAGAUAGGGUGCCGUUGUUUUACAAGUACAAGAUCCAGCCGGGAAGAAGACCAACAGUUGGAAUGAUGGUAAGGAGCUUCCGGACCGCUCUUUUUAAUCACAUUUUCUUUGUGCUGCCAAGUGUGGUGGUGAGCAUGUUCAUCUUACCUCUGCCGGUGAUGCCUCAAGAAGCGCCAUCACUUCGUGAGGUCUUCAUUGACGGCCUGGCUCUUCUUCUAGUUUUUGACACCCAGUACUACAUCUGGCAUGUCAUACACCACAAACAUGUGCAGCUGUACCGCUGCAUCCAUGCCAUACACCACGAAUAUGUCGCUCCCUUCUCAUGGUCCACUGAGCAGCUCAGCAUUCCGGAACUGAUGACUGUGGGAUUCUGGAGCAACCAGGAUCCAAUUCUGCUCAAGUGUCACCCGCUGACUACAUGGUGCGUCACCGUGCUUAGUAUUGGGAUGUCUGUGGAGGACCACAUUGGCUAUGACCUCCCGUGGGGCCUCAAUCGCCUGGUGCCUUUCGGCCUUUUGGGAGGAGCGCCUGCUCAUGACAUGCACCAUCAGAAACCAAACAGCAACUACGCUCCCUUUUUUAGUCACUGGGACAGAAUCUUUGGGACAGCUGUACCACUCAAGAGGGAAAAAAACAUUGACAGGCAAUAAAUGUGGUUUAUUGUAUGACCAUUUAAGUGUUUUUUUUUUUUUUUUUAAUUAAUACGAACUUCUGAAAUAAUACCUACUUUCAGGGCCUUUACAUGACCCACUGUAAGCAUGUUAGGAAAAAAAACCUGCACAUAAUCAACUGUUUAUAUCAUUUGUGUGCAACAACACCAAUCAAAAUUUCAUUGCAGUGAUUAAUAUGUAUUUAAAUUUAUUUACUCAAUACAUAAAUACAUGUUCAGGGUAAAAUCAAAAGCACAAUACAGUGACCUGUCUUAAUUAACAGAUUUUUGUGGUGCCAAAGCCUUAUCAAAAUGUAAAAAUGGGAAGGAACAUUUCCAACUAAACCACUUAUUUAUAUUAACUAUGAAAGUAUGCCACUGAUAAACAGUUGUAUACUGCAAAAUCAAUGUAGCUCAUACUUAUACAGUAAUAAAAUUUCAGAUGUUAUGUACACGUACCCAUAUUAAUAGACAUCAUAGCACUCAUCAUUAUACCUGUAUAUCAUUUGGUGGCUCAAGCUUCAUUCCAGUAGGAAAAAAAGUGCAGUUACCAACAACGUCAGCAUGCAAACUCCCUUUGCUCAUGAUCUUCUUACAUAAGUCCAAAUCUUUACAAGCGUAUAAAUAUUUAUACUUUCCUGAUGACGGGGGGAAAACAGAGGCUUUAGAAGGUUGUGUACAGGUCAAGUACAUUGUUCAAAAUAAUGAAGGACGUCUUGUUCCUGAGCAAAGUACUGAAGGGGGCUUUACUCGGACCAAAUGUUCAUGACCGACUUGUAGAAGGCAGUAAAAGAAACAACAUUCAGCAAAAAAAAUAAGUUGCUCCUAAAAUGAUACUAAGUAAAAUAAUUCAUUCAAAUAUUCCAAAUUUAAAAAUACAAAUAUUUAAUGAGUGACAUACAUUCAUCAAUGGAGACUCCUAUUUAAAUACUGUACAAACAUGUUGGAAAUCUGACCCGUGUUCUCUGUAGGGUGCAUCUUGCUGUAGCUGAUGAACUGGCGCCGGAAUUUGCGAAGCUCGGCCAUGUUGACGCUCCUGUUCAGCUCGAUGUUUGACAAAGUUAAAGACUUUUGCAUUUCAAUUUGUUACCCCUUUUUUUUCCAUCCAAUCAUCUCCAAAAUUGAAUGGGUAGGCUCAGCUCAUGAGCUCACGACAAUUGAAAUGUCAAUCAAAAUAUGUCAAAGUGAGUUAAGUUGCUUAGAAAAAGGAUAUUUUCUCUGUCGCUCCUGGAACAGAAAUGCGAUCUCCAGGAACACUUGUCUUCUGUGCAUUAAAAAUGGCCUACAAAGGGUAUAAAAUACAUUCAUAAAAACAUCCAGCAAUAAUGACAAUACAAAUAUAUUAAAGAAACUAACAGAGUGGAACCUUGCAACCAGCGAACCAUUCGAUUCUCCCCCCCCACUAUGAGGAGUUCGUCAGAUUUUUUUUUUUUUUACUUGCAAGGAAAAUUUUGUGAUUAAUUCAACCAGAAAAACAAGUUACACGUGACGUGACAAAUAUAAAAAAAAACAUUUGACAACAUGACAUAAAACAAUGUUGCUUGUUGUACAAUUUCAUUGUACUAGCUAGACAGAUGGAAUGACAAUAUAAUUAAGUUGCUUUAAAAACAAGCCAUUUAGCCAUGAGUCAAUGAUUCUCCCACAGUGGACUCAUUUAGCAUCUUUGUUGUAAAACACUCUUACAAGCAAUUACAGAACAAA